AUGGAUAACUUUGGAGGCAGCUUCUUCAACUCGUAUACCAAUAACUCGAAUAGGGAGGCUGAGGGAGGCCAGUACUUCGAUCCAUACUUUGUCAAGCACAGAAAAAGGACGACGAAGGCACAGCUUAAGGUUCUCGAGGAAACCUUUGAGACCAACAUACGGCCGGAUGCAAACAUGAGGAAGAAACUUGGAGAACAGCUGGGAAUGACGCCCAGAAGCGUCCAGGUAUGGUUUCAAAACCGGAGGGCAAAGAUUAAGAAGCUUACGCAGAAGAAGAUGAUGCAGCAGGAAAAUACAGACAACACCAAGGGGCCCGAGAUACCCCAUGCAUCAAGCCCGUCCAAGGAAGGCAAGUAUGGCAACUACCAUCCAUAUGUGCCUCUACAGGCCCCGUUAGAGGAGUACAACGUCUAUCCAAGAGAUAACAGCAUUUAUAAGCAUGCCAUUCCACAAGGUAUGCCAUCUCCAAUGGUUUACGAGGGGUUUGGAUACAGGGGACAUGAAGAGUACGGGUAUCCUUAUGUACAGAGAUACGGGGGUGGAGAGUACUACCAGAUGCAAUAUCCAUAUGGAAUGGCACAGAGCCAAUGGCACCACCAGCCUCCUGGGUUCAGGGAUGAGGAUUACUACCACUCUACUAGAAAACAACAAUAUAGAGGGGGGGCAUCCAAUCCUGAGAAAAUGUAG